AUGCCAUUAACUCACGUUCCAAAAGCUAAAGGUUACGAUGUUACUCCACCAAAAUUCUCAGCUAACUCAUACUUGGGUGAAACCCUUGCUUCAAACUCUUCAGAUGACCAAAAAAUCAAAGCUGGUUUCUUUAAAGUUAUUCCAGGUGAACCAUUAGUUAAUACUUACUCUGCUGAUGAAUUCAAAUUAAUCACUGAAGUUCACAACGGUACUUUCCACAUUUCUGAUGAAACUGGUCAAAGUAUUGAUGCUAAAGUUGGUGAUGUUUUCUUAUUAGACAAGGGUGCUACUAUCACUUUUGAAGUUAAAGGUGGUGAAGAUGCUUACGCUCACGCUUUCUGGGUUAUCAGAAAAGCUUAA